AUGGCAGAAGCCGUCCUUGUCCAUCUUUACAACCAACGACCUGCCCUGAAACAAAAGGUAGAUCUACAUGUCGAUUCAGCAGGAACAGAUGCGUAUCAUGUAGGAGAGAGUGCGGAUCCUAGGACUAUCCAAACUUGCAAAAAACACGGGAUACCUAUUUCCAACAAAGCUAGAAAGUUGAGGGCUGACGAUUGGAACUUUGAUUAUUUAUUAGCAAUGGAUACUUCUCAUUUAUCACAUCUGAAUCGUAAAGCUUCAACAUACAAAUCUAAAUCACAUAUAUCUUUAUUCGGUUCUUUCGAUCCUACCUUCUUGCCCACUUCAAACGUCAUUUGGGAAAAAGGAAAAUCUAUUCCCGAUCCAUAUUACGGUUCUCAGCGCGGUUUCGAACAAUGUUAUGAGAGUUGUGUGAUUUAUUCCAAUGGGUUUCUGGAUCAUUUAGAGAGAAGUUAUUCAUGA